AUGUCGGUGCAGGUGGUGCCCCCUGGGAGCAUGGGGCUGGGCUCAGAGCGCCUGAACCCCGAGGAGCUGGUGCGGCAGACGCGGCAGGUGGUGCAGGGGCUGGAGGCCCUGCGGGCAGAGCACCGCAGCCUGGCUGGGCACCUGGCGGAGGCCCUGGCAGCACAUGGUCCUGCGCCUGGCUUGGAGCUGCUGGAGGAGAAGCAGCAGGUGGUGGGCCACUCCCUGGAGGCCAUCGAGCUGGGGCUAGGCGAAGCCCAGGUGCUGCUGGCCCUCUCGGCGCACGUGGGUGUGCUGGAGGCGGAGAAGCAGCGGCUGCGGGCGCAGGCCCGGAGGCUGGCGCAGGAGAACGUCUGGCUGCGCGAGGAGCUGGAGGAGACGCAGCGGCGGCUGCGGGCCAGCGAGGAGGCCGUGGCGCAGCUGGAGGAGGAGAAGCACCACCUUGAGUUCCUGGGGCAGCUGCGGCAGUACGACCCGCCCGAGGAGAGCCAGCGCCCCGAGUCCCCCCCUCGCCGAGACAGCCUGGCCUCCCUGUUCCCCAGUGAGGAGGAGAGGAGAGGUCCUGAAGCAGCAGGGGCCGCGGCAGCCCAGCAGGGCGGAUACGAGAUCCCUGCCCGCCUUCGGACCCUGCACAACCUGGUGAUCCAGUAUGCGGGCCAGGGCCGCUACGAGGUCGCUGUGCCUCUGUGCCGCCAGGCCUUGGAGGACCUGGAGCGGAGCUCAGGCCACUGCCACCCUGAUGUGGCCACCAUGCUCAACAUUCUGGCCCUGGUGUACCGGGACCAGAACAAGUACAAGGAGGCGACAGACCUUCUCCAUGACGCCCUGCAGAUCCGGGAGCAGACACUGGGUCCUGAACACCCUGCAGUGGCCGCCACCCUCAACAACCUGGCUGUCCUCUACGGGAAACGUGGGCGUUACCGGGAGGCAGAGCCCCUGUGCCAGCGUGCCCUGGAGAUCCGUGAGAAGGUCCUGGGCGCCGACCACCCAGACGUGGCCAAGCAGCUCAACAACCUGGCCCUGCUCUGCCAGAACCAGGGCAAGUUCGAGGACGUGGAGCGGCACUACGCCCGCGCCCUGAGCAUCUACGAGGCCCUGGGUGGCCCCCACGACCCCAAUGUGGCCAAGACCAAGAACAACCUGGCCUCCGCCUACCUGAAGCAGAACAAGUACGAGCAGGCAGAGGAGCUGUACAGGGAGAUCCUCCGCAGGGAGGGCCUGCCACCAACUUUGGGAGCUCCUAACACAGGCACAGCUGGUGAAGCAGAGCAACAGGCUCUUCGAAGGAGCAGCUCAUUCUCUAAGCUCCGUGAGUCUCUCCGGCGGGGAAGUGAGAAGCUGGUGUCCCGCCUCCGAGGGGAGGGCUUGGCAGGGGCAGCAGGGAUGAAGAGAGCCAUGUCCCUAAAUGUGCUGAAUACAGAGAAUGUCAGAGCUCCGGGGGCUCAGGUGAGCCAGCUCCGCAGUCGGCCCUUGAGUGAGCUCCCUCGGACCCUCAGCGCCAGUAUCCAGGACAUGAGCCCCCGCUAA